UUUCCAAUUUUUAUGCACACCUGACUUACUAACUCUGUGAUUGAAUGCCUGACUGGCUGCACAUUCAGUGAUGUUGUCUGACUGAACAAGUUUCGGAUUGUACUGUUUAUGGUGGCUUUUAGUGAUUUCGUGUUGAUCGAAGAGAUCAAAACAAAAAUUUUAGUUAAUAUUUAAUUUAUUGUUUGUGACUUAAAAUAAAAUUUCACAAUUUCGUUAAAAUGUUGAGACAACAUUUUUUAAUCGGCACAAGUUUGUUCAUUGUGAUGUUAUUUGUUCAAUUUCAACAAAGUGAAUCCUUUAUUUAUCGGCUAAUAACUGAAACUUUGCAAAAUAAUGUUGCCGGAGAACCCAUAACGCACAAAAGAACUGAAUGGGAUUUUGAUCCAGAAAUAAGCCAAAAGCGACGUUCGCUAUUUUACGAAUCUCAUGGAUUUAGAGCGGCAAAAUUUAUUGAACGCAUUGGUGUGGGUCAUGAUGGUCUGGAGGAAGAACGUAGAAUUGAGCAGCAACAACGCGACAUUGGUAGAUCAAGUGGAGAUCAUAAUAUAAAUUAUUCGGCAGAAUAGAAUUUUAGUAGUGCUCAUACCUUAAAACUUAAAAUUUUAAAUAAUCUUUCCGACGAGGUAUAAAACAUAAAAAUCAAUAGAAAAUUAUGGUUAUACAUACAUACUUUGUUAAAAGAUAAGAUGUAAUAUUAUUUAAAUAUACAUAAAUUAUUUUAUAGAAUUCAAAAUAAAUACCAUUUCGGGCAUGUGUUCUCGUUAUCCGAUUUUGAAUAA